AUGCCUGCUACAAACUUACCUACUAAUCUUCGUGAAUCUUUUAAACAUCUGGUCCUCGCUGAUGAGAAUUUUGAUAAACCAUCAAAUGUAGAUUUACUACUCGGCGCAGAACUGUUCCAUAGUAUUUAUGACGGUCAACGCGUUCAGCCCAGUCAUGAUCUACCGGUAGCUUUACACAGCGUAUUUGGUUGGGUCAUCACCGGCAAACUUGAUACAAAUUAUUUACCUCCGCCAACAAUAUCUUCUCUCUUAGCAUCCACACGUUCUCUAGACGAGGGACUCAAGCGAUUCUGGGAGAUCGAAGAACCUCCAAGUCAGGUUAUCUUAAACCCUGAAGAUAUUAAAUGUGAACAAAUGUACUCAAAUCUAACGUAUCGUAAUCCCGACGGCAGAUAUGUUGUACCUAUGCUUCUCAAAGAACCUAUCAGUCAACUAGGCGAUUCUUUCAACCAAUCAUUCUCUCGGCUCGUUAACCUAGAACGACGCCUUGAUCGAAACUUAGAGUUGAAAAAAGAGUACACCGCCUUUAUGCGCGAAUACAAGUUGUUAGGGCAUAUGGAGCCUAGCGCUGACUCGAAUAAAAUCGGGCAGUAUAUAAUUCCUCAUCAUUGUGUCAUUCGCCCGGAAAGUACAACGACUAAACUUAGGGUUGUAUUCGAUGCUAGCGCCAAAACUACCAGUGGCAAAUCUCUUAACGAUCUUGUAUAUACUGGUCCAAAACUUCAAAACGAUAUAGGAGAUAUACUUACAAAAUUUCGGUCGCAUGCUGUUGUUUUUACUGCCGACAUCAGUAAGAUGUAUCGAAACAUCGAACUUAGGCCAGAAGACCGAAAAUGGCAGCAUAUACUUUGGCGCGAUUCUCCUUCUGAUCCUGUAACUGAGUACGAGCUGAAAACGGUAACCUACGGGGUUACGAGUUCCCCUUAUCUGGCAAUACGUACUCUGCAUCAAUUAGCCUCUGACUACGAAAAAGAGUGGCCCUUAGCUGCUGCUAGUCUUCGUCAUGAUACUUUCAUGGAUGACAUCACUGUUGGUGCUACAUCUAUUGAAACUGCACUGAAACAUAAAGAAGAGUUAAUACAAAUGUUAGCGCGUGCUAAGUUCGAAUUACGUAAAUGGAGUAGCAACUCACCCGAAUUCAUCACCCAGAUACCAACGGAACAUUGUCAAGUUCCAAAAACAUUUUGUGAUGAAAAACAAAAACAAAGUAUCAAGAUUCUUGGAGUCCAAUGGGAUCCAGCUGAUGAUAACUUCACUUAUGCUUUAUCAGAACUCACUCCAGGGAAUACAAAACGUGCUAUUCUAUCAAACGUCGCCAGAAUUUAUGAUCCACUCGGAUGGUUAGCCCCAAUGGUUCUAAUAGCUAAGCUUACCUUACAAGAACUAUGGCGCCUUCAGCUUGACUGGGAUGAAACUGUACCGUCAGAUAUGUUGUCUCAGUGGCAUCUAUUUACAUCCGAGUUUCACUACCUGAAGGAUAUUAAAAUUCUUCGACUAAUUGUACCUCUUCAUUCAAAAUCAUACGAACUUGUAGGUUUUUGUGAUGGAUCUACCAAGGCUUAUGGUUGUUCUGUGUACUUACGUAUAACUACCGACAGUGAAAUUACAUCUCACUUGCUUAUUGCAAAAUCUAAAGUAGCUCCAUUAAAAGUUCUUACUGUCAACCGAUUGGAGCUAUGUAGUGCUGUAUUACUAGCAAAAAUAUUGAAGCAUAUUAGUAAUUUACUAAAUGAAACUCAAACCUCAAACAUAACAAUUUCAAAGAUAUGGGCAUUCACUGAUAGCUCGACUGUACUAUCAUGGCUGCAAACAGCACCUCAUCGUCUUAAAACUUUCGUUGCACACCGUGUCGUGAAGCUGUUAGAUAAUUUGUCUGUCGAAAAUUGGUAUCAUGUGCCAACGUAUGAUAAUCCAGCCGAUUACUGCAGUCGUGGUCUUACCUGCUCUCAACUUGUGGCUUGUUCCACUUGGUGGACAGGACCCAAAUGGAUAGUCUCGAAUUCUUUCUUCUACAUGGCCGGUGUCUGA